CUCUCUCUCUCUCUGCACUCGCUAAUCCCCGUUCGCCACCACCAUGUCGACCUUAAAGGAGAUCUUGACCCGCCGCCCCGUGGCGGCGACGAUCCGGCUCACCGUCCCUGCCGGCGAGGCCCGGCCGAUGCCGCCGGUGGGCCCGGCGCUCGGCCAGUACAGGCUGAACCUGAUGGCGUUCUGCAAGGACUUCAACGCCCGGACGCAGAAGUACAAGAAGGACACCCCCAUGUCCGUCACCGUCACCGCCUUCAAGGACAACACCUUCGAGUUCACCGUCAAGUCGCCGAGCGUCACGUGGUACCUGAAGAAGGCCGCCGGGAUCGAGUCCGGCAGCGGCCGCCCCGGCCACGAGACCGCGUCCAAGAUCACCCUGAAGCACGCGUACGAGAUCGCGAAGGUGAAGCAGUCGGAUCCCUACUGCCAGUACAUGUCCCUGGAGUCCAUCUGUAAGUCCAUCAUCGGAACUGCUAAUUCCAUGGGAAUUCAGGUGGUGAAGGAGCUGGAGUGAGUGAUUUUGCCAGAUGGGUCGGGGUAAAAUUACCUUCCUGGGGUUGCGUUUCUGCUGGAAUUCGUCGGGGACAGAGGAGUGCAUGAGUGAACUGUUUCGAUGUAAUUUAAGUUUGAUGAAUUGGGGAGAUUCCAUUACGUGUUUUCUUCUUGAUUCUGAGGUGUUACGUCAUGCAGGACAUAGAGGUUUGAUGUUGAUUUGAUGUUUGAUUCAGAGAAAAUGUUGGGUCAUUCUGAGAUGUAAGAAAAGCUUCAAUCUUGCUCCUCAGAUUAUUCACCAAAGAUCCUAGCUUUGGAUUAAUCUUCGAUAAAUCUUUUUUCGA